ACUUGUUACCACGUGUCGUAACAGAUCUCCUUAUUUCUUUCUCUCUCAAUACAUUCAAACGACAAGGUCAAUAGAAAGUGCGAGUUUUUAUCGCCCAUGAGAAGCUUACGGCCUCCGAAUUCGUUAGGCUCCACGAGACAAACAUCCCACAACAAUUGGAUAUCGAAACUGAUCUCAAGCCUCUCUCUCUCCGCCCAAAAGAAAACCUACCUCUUAUUUUCCCUCAAUCAAACACCUCUCUAUGUUUGUUCUAACCAUCCUGAUUCAAUAAAUUUGGAAUAAAGCCUUCACGAUAUAUGGAAGUUUGCAUUGAACACAAAAUUUCAGAGCCAAUAAGAGGACUAGGACAAAGGGAUAGAGAACUGGCUAACUUUCUGAUUUGUUGAGGGUUUGAUCUCUUAUUGAGAAGAGAUUCCUCAAUAAAACCAUGCCAAGCAAGCUAAAGAAGGCCAUUGGAGCAGUAAAAGACCAAACCAGCAUAAGCCUAGCCAAGGUCACAAGCAACAACUCAUCCAACCUAGAGGUGGCAGUGCUCAAAGCCACCACCCACGAUGUCGUCCCGAUGGACGACCGCCACGUACACGAGAUCCUCCGCCUCGUAUCCACCGACAAAGACAACGCGGCCCUCCUCGCCCGGGCCAUCGGGAAGCGGAUCGGACGGACCCGUAACUGGAUCGUGGCAGUAAAGUCGCUCAUGCUCGUUCUGCGGACGUUCCAGGAUGGUGACCCUUAUUUCCCCAGGGAAGUGCUCCUCGCGAUGAAGCGCGGGGCCAAGAUUCUUAACCUCUCGAGCUUUCGUGACGACUCGAACUCGAGCCCGUGGGAUUACACCGCAUUUGUGCGGACCUUUGCUCUUUAUCUAGAUGAGCGGUUGGAAUGUUUUCUCACGGGGAAGCUUCAACGGAGAUAUACCCACAAAAAUAGAGAGCCCUUCCACCGGAGAAGCCGAUCAGGUAACGAGCCGGUACGAGACAUGAAACCGGCAAUGCUGCUCGACAAGAUCUCCUACUGGCAGCGCCUCCUGGACAGGGCGGUAGCCACCCGCCCCACCGGCGCCGCCAAGACAAACCGCCUAGUCCAAAUCACUCUCUACGCCGUCGUGCAAGAGAGCUUCGACUUGUACAAGGACAUAUCCGACGGCCUCGCCCUCCUCCUCGACAGCUUCUUCCACUUACAGUACAACUCCUGCGUCAACGCCUUCCAGUCCUGCGUCAAGGCCACGAAACAAUUCGAAGAGCUCAGCGCAUUCUACGACGUUUGCAAAAGCAUCGGUGUCGGCCGGACCUCGGAGUACCCGAGCGUCCAGAAGAUAUCGGAGGAGCUGAUCGAGACGUUGCGGGAGUUUUUGAAAGACCAUUCGAGUUUCCCGGCGGUGCCGAGCCGGCCCCAGCUGCUCCUUCCUGGCCCGUCGCCUAUGCAUAGGCGACGGGACAGGGACAGUAGCGGCGGGCAGUCGGAGUUCUCGGAGACAACGGGAAGGUGUUCGGAGUUCUCGUGUACGUCGUUGGAGGACUUGAUCAGCGCGACCGAGUUGACCGGGACGAGUCGCUCUAUCUCGAUUGAUUUGGAGGCGUAUUCGAUUGCUCAUCAGGCGGAGAAAGUGGACGAUGAUGGGUCCACGAGGUCGCUGCCCGUCACGAGGUCUUUUGUUGACCUCGUGUCGUUGGACGAAAUGGCUGAAGGAGGAGAAGGAGAAGGAGAAGUGGAACGGGAAGGCGAAGGUGAAGGGAAAGGGAAAGAAGAGUCGUCUAGUUUGUUAAUCGAUCUGUGGUCGUUUAACGAAAAAGACGAACAGGAGAAAGUGAAAGAGGGAGGAGGAGGGGAACGCAAGGUGUUAGAUUCGGGUUCGACUACGGGUUGGGAGAUUGUGCUGGCGGAGACCGCGACGACAUCGACGCAACCGUUAACGAAUGGGUUCGGGUUUGAGUCGUUUGACCCAUUUUCGGGCCCGGAAAAUGACAAAUAUUACAAUCCGUUUUUGGAUGAUGCAACUGAAUCAACUGCCAUUGUAACUGUACCUGCCGCGGAUGGUGGCACGGGAGUGGGUUUUUCGGGCAAUGAUGGGUUUUCGUUGGGGCCGACUUUUCAAGCGACUCCUACAUUUUGUGCGGGAAAUUCGAGUAGUACGAGUUUGGCUUCGGUGAAUGAAAACGACCCGUUUGCGUCGUUCCCGACUGGGGGUGGUGAAGGUGGGUUUAUUAGUGGCGGGUCGGGUAAUCAGCAGCAGCAGAACUUGUUGCUUGAACAGCAGUUGUGGUUGCAGCAGCAGAACAAGAUCAUGGCCAGGCAUAUGGCUUGAUUGAUGUUUCAGAAAGGGUCUAGACAUUGUAAAGUAGAUUGGCACUUUUUUGUUUUUGUUAAGAAAUGAAAUUUUUUUUUGUACAUUUUGAAGCAUAUAAUAAUUAGCUAAUUGUUCAAUUCAAAAUGAUGUAGGCGUGCAAAAAAUCGAACGAUUUCCGUUUUGCAGUUUGAGAAGAUGCAUGUGUUGUGUUAG